AUGAGCCAAAGUCGAAAUCGAACUCAAGGCGGAGCAGCAGGUUCAAAAUCACGUUCGAAAUCAAGGUCAAGAUCACGUUCAUUAUCAUCAACAUCUUCUGGUCGUGCAGCUCAAGCACCAAAAUGGGAUGGUGAUUCAGGUUAUCGUUUACAUAUAUCACCAUUGAAUCCACGUACAUCUCGACGUGAUAUUGAAAAAAUUUUUUCAAAAUUUGGUACAAUAAAUGAAGUAUGGAUGGCAACAAAUCCACCUUGUUUUGCAUUUAUAAAUUUUAAACAUCGCGCCGAUGCUGAAGAUGCUAUGCAGGCUUUAGAUGGAAAAAUGAUUGAUAAUUCACGCGUUGGUGUUUCAUUUGCUCGUAAACGUACUAUUGGCGGCCGUCGAGGUGGUUCAUUUAAUAAUGGUGGUAAUGAUCGAUAUUCUCGUGGUGGAGAUUAUGAUUCAUCUAGAAAUCGUCGUCGUUAUUCACCACGCCAAGAUGAUAGGUAAGAUUUAAAAUAUAAAUUCUGUUUCUUUUUUUUUUU